AGCGACUCGUCGAUACGGAUACUCAACCAGAGACCCAAGCCCCAGUGCUGGGAGCAUGGAUGCAAUGGACGGCAAUUCUCGACAUUCAGCAACCUGUUACGACACCAGCGCGAAAAGUCUGGCACGGCGGCGAAAUCAUAUUGUCCCAAGUGCGGUGCCGAGUUCACCCGGACGACUGCGCGCAACGGCCAUCUGGCUCACGAUAAAUGUACCAAGCAAGGACGACCAUCGGAA